GAAAGGACUGUAGGUCUGAUUGUGUUACGGAUAGUACUGCUUCCUGUAGCCAUGGUAAAAUAUUUAAUAAAGAUAGCCACCGGGGGCAAGAUUGGCUCGGCCACCAGUGAUGUCAUCUCUAUAGCUCUUGUAGGAGUUAAUAGAGAAAGUCCUAAACAGCUGCUGGGAGAGAAAAUCCCUUUUGGAUCUGUACAACAAUAUAAUAUUAACACACCAGCAGACCUUGGUCAAAUCUUAUUUGUACGGCUGUACAAGGAACUGGGUGUCCCUAAGGAUAAUCCCUGGUACUGCAAGUAUGUGAAUGUGACCAGUCCCAGUGGGGAGAGCACUCGAUUCCCGUGUUACAUGUGGCUCAGUGGGUUAAUGACUUUGGAAGUUCAAGAAGGGAAAGGAAUCAUCUUGACACAUGAUGUGAACCCCCUCAUAGUACAACAGAGGAAAACUGAGCUUGACAGGAAUAGAGAAAUCUACAGGUGGAAAAUCUACGCAGAUGGGGCUCCUUAUUGUAUUGAUGCAAGUGAUACAAAUGAACUUCCUCCUGAUGCCAGAUACUCCUUCCUGAAAUAUGCCAGCUUUGGCUUCACCUUGGCUUCAACUGGAUUAGCAAUAAAGCUUAGAGGCUUCACCGACUGCACUGAUCCCUGGACUAAUUUGAAUGACAUCAACAAAGUCUUCCUCUACAAAAAGUCCCAUAACUCUGUGCUGGUGUCUCAGAUGUGGAAAGAAGACACUUUCUUUGGUUAUGAGUUUCUGAAUGGAGUGAACCCUGUAUUAAUAAGGAAAUGCAUCAAAAUCCCUGGCAACUUCCCUGUAGACCAAGAAAUGGUGGCUGCUAUCCUGGGGACAUCAACAGACCUCGAGAAAGAAUUGCAGAAUGGAAAUAUAUAUUUGGCGAAUUACAGCAUUCUAGAGGGAGUCCCUGCUAACACCAUUAAUGGCCAACAGCAAUACCUCACUGCUCCUCUAUGCCUUCUGUGGAAAAACCCUCAGGAUCAACUCCUCCCAUUAGCUAUUCAGUUGGGCCAAACCCCUGGACCAAAUAACCCCAUCUUCCUAUCCAGUGAUCCAGAGUGGGAUUGGACCCUUGCCAAAAUCUGGGUACGCAAUUCAGACUUUCAGGUGCAUGAAAUUGGACCUCAUCUACUUCGCACCCAUCUUCUUGCUGAGGUUUUUAAUAUUGCUACAGCCAGGCAACUUCCAAUGGGACAUCCUCUGUAUAAGCUCAUUGUUCCUCAUCUCCGCUAUACUUUGGAAAUCAAUGUUUUGGCAAGAAACCAACUCAUAGGCCCUGGAGGUCUCUUCGAUGAGGCUUUUGUGACUGGAAAGGGAGGUGUACCUGUUCUACUAAAGAAAGCCAUGGAUGAAUUGACCUACACCUGCCUCUGCCUCCCUGAUGACAUCAAAGAACGAGGAAUGGAGUCUGUUCCCAAUUACUAUUACAGAGAAGAUGGGAUGAAGGUCUGGCUGGCAGUAGAGAGACUUGUGUCUGGCAUAGUAAAUUAUUACUAUAAAGAUGACAAAAUGGUCAGCAAAGAUCUUGAGCUUCAGGCCUGGGUGGAGGAAAUCUUCACAAAAGGCUUCUUGGGACGUACAUCUUCAGGAGUCCCUUAUUCUCUGGGAACACGGACAGAGCUAACUAAAUACCUGACCAUGGUGAUCUUCACAUGUUCUGGUCAGCAUGCUGCUGUCAACAGUGGCCAGUUUGACUUCUACUCUUGGCUGCCCAAUGGUCCAUCAUCAAUGAGGAAGCCACCACCUAUUGUGAAGGGUGCUGCCACUUACCAGACUGUGCUAGAUGCUUUGCCAGAAGUAAACACAACCACGAAUGCCAUGGCUGUUGAGUGGCUGCUUAGUCAUGAACCAGAGGACAAGAGACCUCUAGGUAACUAUCCAGACAAGCGUUUUACAGAGGAGACUCCACAAGCCAUAAUUAAGGAAUUUCAGUUAAGUUUGGAAGGGAUUUCCAAGCAGAUCAAGAAGAGAAACUCUACUAUCCAAGGCUUGACCUACCUAUAUCUGAAUCCAAAGAACAUUGAGAGCAGUGUGUCAAUUUAACAUCUCCACCAAUGAUGGUUCUAGAUCUUUCGAGCAUCUAAUCUAUGCCUCACAGAAGAUGUUGAUGGCUUGACACAUAUUAGAUCACUAUGCAAUAACUUAUGGCUUCUGCUACACUUACUAAUCCUCAAUGUUGCCAGUGUUUCUAUGCAAAUAAAACCAAUGCAUUGCUUG